AAAUUUAGAUUAGACAUGGUAAAGAUAAGUUGAUUACUGAGUGAGUGGGUUCCUAUAUAUAUACAGAUGGUGCUAUAAUUCACUGAGCAAGAGCCUUGUGCUACUUCGUCUCAGAGUUUCUCUUGCUUUGUGACGCUCAGAAGUUGCUGCACUCCAUGAAGGAAACACUGAGGUAUUUAGCAGGUGUCGCAGGUCCAAGUGGUUUUGGAUCGAACUCAACUGCUGAGAAAGUUACAGAAGAUUGUUCUUCCUUAGUUCCUUCUCAGCUUACAGCAAUAAUCACUGGGGCAACAUCUGGUAUUGGAGCUGAAACGGCAAGAGUAUUAGCAAAGAGAGGGAUAAGGGUUGUAAUUGCAGCAAGGGACCUAAAGAAAGGGGGUGAAGUGAAGGAGAGGAUCCAAAAGGAGAGCCCCCGAGCUGAAAUUGUGUUGUUAGAGAUUAAUCUUAGCUCAUUUGCUUCAAUCAAGAGAUUCUGCUCUCAGUUCCUUUCUCUAGGAUUACCACUUAAUAUCCUCAUAAACAAUGCAGGGAAAUACUCAAAAAAUUUGGAAUUCUCUGAAGACAAAAUCGAGAUGACUUUUGCUACAAAUUACUUGGGACAUUAUUUAUUGACUGAAAUGCUAUUAGAGAAAUUGGUAGAAACAGCAGCCCAGACAGGCACUGAAGGAAGAAUAAUCAACGUUUCUUCCGUAAUUCACAGUUGGGUGAGGCGAGAUGAAUUUCGCUUCAGUGAUAUGCUUAAUCCCAAAAAUUACAAUGGAACGCGGGCAUACGCUCAAUCAAAAUUGGCUAACAUAUUGCAUGCAAAGGAAAUGGCCAAGAAGCUCAACGCAAAGAAUGCGAGAGUAACUAUUAACGCAGUCCACCCCGGAAUAGUCAAGACUGGGAUUAUCAGGGAUCAUAAGGGCUUCAUCACAGAUUCAAUCUUCUUUCUUGCAUCAAAGUUGCUAAAGACAACAUCUCAGGGUGCAUCAACAACAUGCUAUGUUGCUCUGAGCCAACAAAUAAAUGGGGUGAAUGGGAAGUAUUUCACAGAUUGCAAUGAGAGUUACUGUUCAAGUCUAGCAAAUGAUCAGUCUGAAGCAAGAAGACUUUGGAAGCAAACCCAUGCAUUUAUCCACAGAAUAUUAUGCCAAUCCACAAUCUAAGGUGGCACUCUUCAAACAAA